CCGAUCGUGUCCACCGUCGCGUCCGUACCGUCCAAGGACUGCCAGGGACUGCCCAUCCUCGGUCCCCUUGUAAGUCUCCUUCACUCCUCCAUCUCCUUUGCUACAUUGCAAGUUUGAACAAUGAAUAUCCUUAGCUCGCAUGAGGCGAUAUGGAUCAACAUGCUCGGCAUUCAGCUUAUGAGCUCUCACACGUCCCUGCGAGCCAACUUCAGUUUCCUAUCCAGCAUGCACACCCGACACAGUCCUCUAACCCCCAAAUCCCUGUACAGGACCCUGCGGUGACGCAAAGCCGGAUGGAGGAAUCCCUGAAGCGUUCCGUCACGCUCGUGUUCUGGUACAAGGCUGGAUGUGACCCUCUUCGUCUGCAUCAAGAGAUCGCCACUUUUCCUCUAUUUCAGCUUUCGCAGCUCACUCAGCUUGUGAAUGAUCUCGGGCUCUCGGCUACCACCUAUGUCGACGCAUACAACCCACUUUCGUCUACUUGGGAACAGCAGACAAUAUCGGCCGUUCGCAUGAUCGAAAGUGAACAGCGGCUUUUGUUCAGAAUGCGCAAAAGUUUGUUAGAUGGUCUUGCUGAUAAUGACUGCCCUGGCGUUGAUCAUGAGAUUGGUCUUCAAUCCCGUACAACGAAAUCUGCUUCUUCUAUCAUUGUUUCCCUCAAUGCCUCUCUGAAACGACCGUCGUCGAAUUCUGACUCAUAUACCCCUCCGAACAAGUAUUACCGCUCUGACGAUUAUAAUGGCACACAACGAGGAUACGACAGUGCCCCAGCGAAUGAAAGUUCAGUAUACCCGCAGAGUCUCUCCAUACCCAAACCAUCGCCGAAUGACACCAUUCAUUACAUUCAGUCCCCGCCUUCGCAAAUUGCACGCACUUCAAGCUUGACGCACGUUCCCCCUUCCUCGGCGUCUUCAUCUCAUCAAUAUUCGUCCUCCAGCCCAGGUCUAUCCACGCCUUCAAGCUCCGCAUCGUCACCUAGUGAACCUACCAUACCCUAUCACCCUCAUCCUCCUCUCAAACGUUGGCCAAAUGAUUAUACUGUCUCCGAGAUCGCUGCAGGGUUCCGUAGGAUGGAUGGUAUGAUCGCUGCCCAACCAACCUUGACCCAAAAAUCAACGUUCCAAACGGUCUUUGGGUGCCGAUAUAUCAAGAGUACUGUUUGUCGGCAUAGGGCUGUAUGGAAACGUGCAGACCCGGCCUUGAAAGAUGCAUAUGAAAGAAUGGGGUCAGAUGAGAGGGCUGUGUGGGGGGAGUUCGUAAAGAAAGCAGAGGGAAAGUUGAGCAAUGUCCAUGGAAACGGAAGCGGAAAUGGACACGCUAAUGGGAAUAUAUCCCAGAGAAGUAGUCUAGAUGCAACAACGCCUCAGAUGCAACACCAUUCACAACCUCAAGCGGCUGGGUUGGUUCCAGGAAUGCAUACUCAAGUUGGCCCGACGUCUGUAAAUAUGGGUAUGUUGGCGCAUGGGUUACCACAUGUUGGUCUGGGUGCGGAGCCAGACAAGAGCGAGCCCGUGAUGGCUUCGUUGAUGCCUCCUUCGCAUUCUGUUCCUAAUGGCGGAUUGCAUUCUGGACGUGUAUCCGCAAAUAACCACGAUCCUUCAGGGUAUUUGCAACAGUCCGCACCUCUGAAUGCACAAAACACGUAAUACAAGGCCCUCCUUCUCCAUGCAUGCCAUGUCUUCUUGUUCCCAUCUGCUUGUUUCUUUGUUGGGUUGUUGCAUUUGCAUCACGAUUUGAAAUGACAGCCUGGUUGUAUGCGCGCCAAAAUGUGAAUGUAACUUUAUGGGCGUCUAUUUGACGCGUUUAGGACACGCUUGAAGGUCCUCUUUGACCGUUCUUUCAUGCCAACCUUGUGCCUCCCACCUCUUAUCUACUUCCUGAACUUGCUAGAACAACUUACGUAUUCUGCUGCGCUUCCUGUUGUCUUAUUAACAAAGCAUUCUGUGUGAACCUGUC